ACUGGGCUCGCUCUGCCUGCGGGAUGCUCGUGCUGCGGCUCUUGCUACCGAGCGCGCCGGGGAGGCGCUGAAGAUUUGGAGCGAGGGCGCCGCCGCCACCACCGCCGCCUCACCAGGCCAGGUGGACGCCUAUGAGGGAGAAGCGCCACCGCCUUUGGAAUCGGCGUUGCCUUCGGAGCAGAUGGACCCCCAGCUGCAGGAGGGAACACGUGUGUGGCUGCAGGAGCAGGACCGGCUGCAGCCCUGCACAGUUGGCUCUUGUGUCGAUGGAUCCGUGCUCUUCACUUCAGACUAUGGCGAGGUGUUCUGCUACCCGUGGGCCUCUGUGCCCAGAGAGAAAGUCCUGCCGAUGCAUCGGUCGAGUAUGGAGGGGGUGGAGGACAUGUCCCUGCUGGGGGACCUGCACGAAGCGGCCAUUUUGCUCAAUCUGCACCAACGCUACCAGCAGGACCACAUCUAUACAAACAUCGGCUCCAUCUUGGUCUCUGUGAAUCCCUACAAGCCCAUCACUGGAUUGUAUGAUGCUGAAGCCAUUGACCUGUACCGCCAGCACUGUCUGGGUGAGCUGCCACCCCACAUCUUUGCCACAGCCAGCGAGUGCUACAGCUGCCUGUGGAGGCGACAUGACAGCCAAUGCGUCCUCAUCAGUGGCGAAAGUGGAGCUGGAAAGACAGAGAGCACCAAGCUGCUGCUGAAGUUCCUAUCAGCCAUGAGCCAGACCUCCCUGGGCGGCCCUGCGUCAGAGAAGAGCACACAUGUGGAGGAGGCCAUCAUGGAGAGCAGCCCAGUACUGGAGGCUUUUGGAAAUGCCAAGACAGUCUACAACAACAAUUCUAGUCGCUUUGGCAAGUUCAUCCAGCUGCACUUUUCCCAGCAUGGGCAUAUCCAGGGUGGGAGAGUCACUGACUAUUUAUUGGAGAAGAACAGAGUUGUCCAUCAGAACCCAGAGGAACGUAAUUAUCAUAUCUUCUAUGCCUUGUUAGCGGGCGUCAGCGAGGAACACAAAGAAGCCCUGGUCCUGCUGGAGCCCAAGAGCUAUCGUUACUUAAACCAGUCUGGCUGUGUAACCAAUGAGAACCUGGACGACAAAGAGAUGUUCAGCAAGGUCAUGACUGCCCUCGAAGUGAUGGGAUUCGGUUCUGAAGAGAUCAGAGACAUUUUCAAACUCCUGUCUGGCAUCCUGCAACUUGGAAACAUUGAGUUUAUGACGGCCGGAGGAGCUCAGAUUACAACAAAAACUGUGCUGAACAAUGUCAGCGAGCUGCUUGGCUUGGAUGCCUUCCAGUUGUCUGAGGUGCUCACCCAGAGAUCCAUGUUCCUACGGGGAGAGGAGAUCAGCUCUCCCCUCACUGUGGAGCAGGCUGCUGACUCUAGAGACUCUCUCGCCAUGGCCCUUUAUUCACAGUGCUUCUCAUGGAUCAUUGGCAAGAUUAACUCAAAGAUAAAAGGGAAGGAAAACUUUAAGUCUGUUGGAAUCCUGGAUAUCUUCGGGUUUGAGAAUUUCCAGGUGAAUCGUUUUGAGCAGUUUAACAUUAACUAUGCAAAUGAGAAGCUCCAGGAGUACUUCAACAAGCACAUAUUCUCCCUGGAGCAGCUUGAGUACAACAGAGAGGGGAUAAGCUGGGAAGCCAUUGAUUGGAUGGACAAUGCAGAGUGCCUGGAUCUUAUUGAGAAGAAACUUGGUUUGCUGGCCCUGGUUAAUGAAGAGAGUAGAUUCCCCAAAGGCACAGACAGUACCCUUUUGGAAAAGCUGCACAACCAGCAUGGGAGCAACCAGUACUAUAUGAAGCCUCGAGUAACAGAUUUUCAGUUUGGAAUCCAGCACUAUGCCGGAGAGGUCCUCUAUGAUGUGAGGGGCUUUCUGGAGAAAAACAGAGACACCUUUAGAGAUGACAUUUUAAACAUGCUGAAAGACAGCAGGCUGGAUUUCAUCUAUGAUCUCUUUGAAAGAGUUGCUAGCUGCAGCAGUGAAGACACACUGAAGAUGGGAACUCAGAGGCGCAGGCCGACUGUCAGCUCACAGUUCAGGGACUCCCUACACUCUUUGAUGGCCACGCUCAGCACUUGCAACCCACUAUUCAUUCGCUGCAUUAAACCCAACCAGGAAAAGUCUCCAAAUCUCUUCAAUCCAGAGGUGGUGCUGAAACAACUGCGAUACUCAGGCAUGCUGGAGACAGUGAAGGUCCGAAGAGCUGGCUUUCCUGUACGGUGGAUCUUUCAAGAUUUCCUCCUCAGGUACAAGAUGCUCUUGAAGAACUGGGGGAAUCCUGACGGUGCAAAAGCCACUUGUGCCUCCUUUCUGCAGACAUAUGACAGCACCCAGAGAGAAUGGAAGCUGGGGAAAACCAAGGUUUUCCUGAAGGAGGCUCUGGAGCAAAAACUGGAGAAGACCCGGGAAGAGGAGCUGAAGAAGGUGGCAACCAUCAUCCGAGCCCACGUCCUGGGCUACAUGGCAAGGAAGAGGUAUCAAAGGGUGCUAGCCAGUGUCGUGACUAUCCAAAAGAACUACCGUGCUCACUUCUGGAAGAAGUCCCUCCUGCGCCUGAAGACCUCUGCCAUUGUCCUGCAGAAGCACUGGCGUGGGCAGCUGGCUCGCAGCCUCUACCGGCACCUGCUAGAGGAGGAACAGCAGCGGAAACAGGAAGCUGAGGAGCAGAGGCGUCGAGAGGAAGAGCGGAUUAGAAAGGAGGAAGAGGAAAGACAAUGGCAAGAAGAGAGGGAGCGUAGGAGGAAGCAGGAGGAGGAAGAGGAGAAGAAAAGAGAAAAAGAGCAACUUGAAGCAGCACUGCAGAUGGCUCAGAUGGAGGCGCUAAGGACCCAAGAGGAAGACCAGCCUUUACAGGAAGAGGAGCAGCGUCAGAUGGAGGAGAUCCUGCGACUGGAGAGGGAGAUUGAGAAGCUGCAGUGGCAGCAGAAGACUGACCACAUCACCUGUGAGAACACCAAGAACGAGAUAAAGCGGCAGCGGGAAGAGGAGAUCCAGAGGCUGGAGAAGGAGGCGUCCAGGGUCGCGCAGGAGUUCCUGGAGCUGCUGGAUUUUGGGAAUUUGGAUGAGAGCGUGCAAGGCUUCGAGCACUCUCUGUCCAACGAAGGGACCCUCAACAUUGAAUGCAGCCUUGUAGCUCCCCUGGCUGAGGAAGAAGAAGACGAGGGCUUUCCUGCAGAUGAAGAGGGACCACCAGUUCCCAGCCCAAGUCUCCUGAACCAGGACAGCAGCACAAGAACCAGUGACAACUAUUACUCCGAGGAAGAUGCUUCUCCGAAUAUGCCAGUGCCUAGGAAGGGAGAGAAGGAGGAGGGCAACUCUGCAAGCCCUCAGAAGGAGCAGCCCAUGGAAAGCAUCUACCAGGCGGCCUCGGAAAUCCUGCAGAGUGACAAUGGGGACUCGGAAGAGCCAAUUUACAGCUUGCCUCCAGAUGUGGAGUCUGACUAUGACCACGAGGAGUUUGAUGGCAGUGGAGAGGCUGGCAGCACGUCCGCUGAGCCCCUGAAUGGGGAGGAGGCCUUGCGCAAUUCCCACAGCAAUGGCAUGGAUUCCAACCGCGGCAGCUUGGACUCGUUUCUAGACAGUGAGGAUGAAGGGGAUGCUUAUAUGGACACGGAUGAAGAAUUCUGCAGCAGCCGGGUCACUGUGCUUAAUGGAUCGGGGCCAGCCUAUUUUCACAGCUAUCUCUACAUGAAAGGGGGCCUGAUGAACCCCUGGAGACGGCGCUGGUGUGUCCUGAAGAACGAGGCCUUCAUGUGGUUUCGAGCCAAGCAAGAGGCCUUGAAGUCGGGCUGGCUUUACAAGAAGGGAGGAGGCAUGUCCACGCUGUCUCGCCGGAAUUGGAAACGGCGCUGGUUUGUGCUGAGAGAGGCCAAGCUGAUGUACUUUGAGAAUGACAGUGAAGAGAAGCUGAAAGGGACAAUUGACAUCAGGAAGGCCAAGGAGAUUGUGGAUAUUCACGAAAAAGAGAAUGCCCUUGAUAUUGUGACAAGUGAUCGAAUUUACCACAUAGUGGCAGAAUCACCAGAGGAUGCCAGUGACUGGUUUAAUGUCCUGAGCCGUGCGCAUAGUGCUACAGAGCAACAGCUGAGAGAGAUGCAGGAUGAACAAGCCAACCCAAAGAAUGCUGUGGGAACCCUGGACGUGGGGCUCAUAGACUCAGUCUGUGCUUCUGACAAUCCUGACAGGCCAAACUCCUUUGUGAUCAUCACAGCAAAUAGAGUCAUUCACUGCAACAGUGACAUCCCUGAAGAGAUGCACCACUGGAUCUCCCUCCUGCAGAAGCCCAAAGGCGAAUCCCGGGUUGAUGGGCAGGAGUUUCUUGUGAGAGGCUGGCUUCAUAAGGAGGUCCAGAGCAGUAGCAAGACCUCUUCCCUGAAGGUGAAGAAACGCUGGUUUGUGCUGACCAACACUGCCCUUGAUUACUAUAAAUCGUCCGAGCGCACAGCCACCAAGCUUGGGACACUGGUGCUCAACAGCCUCUGCUCAGUGGUCCAGCCUGAUGAAAGGGUCUUCAAAGAAACAGGCUACUGGAACAUCACUGUGCAUGGCAGAAAGCACUCGUACCGGCUCUACACAAAGCUGUUGAAUGAAGCCAUGCGCUGGGUCUCCGCCAUCCAAGGAGUCAUUGACAGCAAGGUUCCCAUUGAAACACCCACGCAGCAGCUGAUUCGGGACAUUAGGGAGAACAGCGUGAACCCUGAAGUGGUAGAACAGAUCUACCGGAGGAAUCCUAUCCUGAGAUACACCCAGCACCCCUUGCACUCACCGCUUCUACCACUGCCAUAUGGGGAUGUUGGGGUCAACUUGCAGCAAGAGAAAGGCUACAGCAGCCUCCAGGAUGAAGCAAUGAAGAUCUUUAACUCCCUUCAGGAGAUCGAGACAGUCUCUGACCCCAUCCCCAUUAUCCAGGGCAUUUUGCAGACCUGCCAUGAUCUCAGGCCCCUCCGGGACGAGGUGUACUGUCAGCUGAUCAAGCAGACAAACCACGUGCCGCAGCCCAACAGCCCGGGGAACCUUCACCACUGGCAGCUGAUGACCUGCAUGAGCUGCACCUUCCUGCCCAGCAGAGGAAUCCUCCGUUACCUCAAGUUCCACCUCAGAAGAGUAAAAGAUCUCUUCCCAGGCACUGAAAUAGAUCGGUAUUCUCAGUUCAUCACUGAUUCACUGAAGAGAACCAAGAGCAGGGAGUUUGUCCCCUCCCAGGAGGAAAUACAGGCCCUCAUCACCCGGGAGGAAAUGACCACCACUGUCUACUGCCACGGAGGAGGUUCCUGUCAAAUUACCAUCAAUUCUCAUACCAGUGCCGGAGAGGUGGUAGAGAAGCUGAUCCGGGGGUUGGCCAUGGAAGAUAGUCGGAACAUGUUUGCCCUCUUUGAACGCAACAAGCAUGUGGACAAGGCCAUAGAGAGUCGGGUGAUUGUAGCUGAUGUUCUGGCCAAGUUUGAGAGACUUGCUGGGUCCGUGGAAGAGGAGGAUGAGGAUGGGCACUGGCAGCUCUACUUUAAACUGUAUUGUUUCUUGGAUGUUGAAAAUGUUCCCAAGGAAGGGGUGGAAUUUGCUUUCAUGUUUGAACAGGCUCAUGAAAGUCUCAUUGAUGGCCAUUUCCCUGGCCCAGAGGAGACACUGCAGCACUUGGCUGCUCUGAGGCUGCAGUACCUCUAUGGAGAUAUUUCCAAAAUCUCCUGGUCCCUGGACAACAUCUAUCCAGUGAAGAGGCUGAAGUCCAAAAUCCUGCAGUCCAUGAAGAGUAGCGGUCCCAGCAGCCAUGCUCUGGAGAAAAGGCGGACCAGCUUCCUGGAGGGCACUCUGAAGCGUAGCUUUAAGGCGGGCUCAAUGAAGAAGCAAAAGGUGGAAGAGGAGCAGAUGAUGGAGAUGUGGGUGAAAGAGGAGCUGUCGGCGGCUCGGGCCAGCGUAACAGAAAAGUGGUGCAAACUGCAGGGGCUGCUCCAGCAGCAAGCCAUGGUGGCCUACAUGAACAUCAUGAAGGAGUGGUCGGGCUACGGCUCCACUGUCUUUGAUGUGGAGUGUAAGGAAGGUGGCUUUCCCAACGACCUCUGGCUUAGUGUCAGCACAGAGAAUGUGUCAGUGUACAAACGGGGAGACCCCAAACCCCUAGAAACGUUCCAGUAUGAGCACAUUGUCUUCUUUGGGGCUCCCCAGCCCAAUACCUUCAAGCUGACAGUGGAUGAGAGAGAGAUGUACUUUGAAACCCCCCAGGUGGGAGAGAUCAUUAAAAUCAUGAAAGCCUACAUCAACAUGAUUGUGAAGAAAUGUUGUAGCAUCAAAUCGGCCACCAGCCUGGAUAGUCGUGCAAGUAUCUGGACGAGGUGAUGAGGCUUGUGGCACUGCAUUGAGCCCUUGAGGAAAGAUACACACUGUGUCCCAGCCAGAUUUGUAGCAAAAACCCUUUUUUGUAAGAAGGAAAAAACAUCUCCCUUUUUUCCUUUGCUUUGAGAGAAGGAAAAAGGGACUGAUGCAGAGCACCCACAGCUGCAGGGCUUGCUCUUUAACCAAAACCACAACCCCGACUACUCUGGCUAGCUACUCAAGGCAGCUAGAGACCAGGCUCCCUCUGGCCUCACUCUUGGAGUAAAGACCUUACUGCAGAUGCAAAGUGAGACCACCAGAAGCAAAUGUGGCUUACCUUUCUUGAAGAGAUUGAGGCGUGGAAAUAUUUUGUGCAAUAAAAGCAGCAGAAAGGCGGGUGGGUGGGGAGUCUCAAUGUUGUGCUAUGAUGCACCAAGCAAGAUUCCCACAUGCGCAAGAGAUAGAGGCUCCAGUUAAUUUGGCAGCCAAGCUCUCCAAUGGUAAAGACUAAACUAACCCUUUGGGGGGCUGAUGUUCGCUCAGGGAUGAGCUGCUACUACUGAAUAGACUAGUAUUGGAAGCCUCUCUGCUGCGUGGGGGUGGGGGGCAGGGCGGGUUGUGUUGUGUUAUCAGUAUUACCAUCCCCAAAGGUUUAAGGUUUAAUUACUUCCAAAUCACAGAGUUUUCAAAGCUACAAUUGUUAAAAGGCUACCACUCUCUGUUUGACAUUAGUGGAGAUCCUCACAGAGGCUUGUGACUCUUGAAACAGGAUCCUUAUGGAAACCACCAGCUGUGUGUAAAACGACACAUAUUUCUUCUGGUGCUGUUCUUCCAAUCCCUUUGGAGAGAAGCUAUUUCUCCUGGUGCAUGUUUGGAGCGUUUGCCCCUCGGUAGUAUUAAAAAAAAAACCAUUUCUCUGAUGAGUCCAGGGGGUGAGAUUUGUGGAUAGAUUUAUGUGUAUCCAGUUGCGAGAAGAACAGUCCUUUUUCCCUAAUCACUUUAAUGCUGCUUUCCCUUCCUUCCUGGAGUUUGGGCUGCUUUUAUUCCUUAUCCUUUUCUAUAGGCUAGUUUUUAUGCCACACAAAGCCUUGGGAGGCUACAGAUAGUAAAACAGACUCAAUGAAUGGAUUUCGAGAAGGUAAGAGGAAGGAACUGGUUGUGAAGGUGGCAGAGAAAAAACCCAACUAGAGUCAAGGUAACUGGGAACACAGAAGGCUGAAGGAAUCCUCUGUGCUCGACGAGGUAGAGAAGGAACAGGGCAUGGAGAGGAGUCAGAGGAGUUGGCUGUACAUCUCUGAAUCCCCACCUGUCAGAGGACUUGCCCCAUUCUCUCCUGAAGGCCUCCAGCAUGCCAACCUGGGAAGAAUGAGUUUAUCCUGUAAGCUGCUGAAGCCCUAGGGCAGGGAUGGGAGAUCUGUGGCCCUCCAGAUGUUCCUGGGCUACACUUUCCUUCAUCCCUGCCCAUGGGCUGUGCUAGCUGGAGCUUAUGGAGGGGUUCGUCCACCUGGAGACCAACAAGUUUCCACUAGGCUAAGUGCCACAUUGAUCCAUUGUGGUUGCUUAGAAAAGCCAUGUACAUAAGCCCUCCAAAGUUACUAGCUUGCAGUGGGUUGGCAGAUGAUAGAUGAAAGGCAAUUAGUGCAAGAUAUGUCUCUUUAUCCUGCUUCUGCUAGCAGUAGAGGUGGAUAAAGUAUUGAAGUCCAGUCCCCAAAGUGUUCAAAUCUUACUCUGCCCACCUCCUGCCUUCUGAGACAUCUCUGGCCAUUACACAGGUAUUUGUAAGCAUCUUUUCAUAGCCUAUGGGGCUAGGGAUUUAAUUUUUUUAAAAAAGAAAAAUACAGCCAAGAUUCUCAGGACCCUGAAUUCUUUGUUUACUAUUCAUUUCUGCAUUCGUGUAAUUUGAGGGGAAUUAUAUUCAACUAUGCCUUCCUGUCUAAGCACAAAGGCAGCAUUUUCCCCUAUUCCAGGCUAUUUUGGGGUUUCCCACUUACUUUUUCAGCUAGGCAAAUCAAGCUGCCAAUCUGCUCUAACCUACCAAUGUUGAAUUUCAAAUAUCUUGUCCAGCCCACUCAGUAAAACCCAAAGAAUCUGGAACUUUUCCUCUACAAAGGAUUGUCCAAUCAGGGAUCUUGUUUCCACACUCCCAUCCCUUUGUCCCUGGGAAUGCAAAGUAAGUCACACCUGUCUGAAGAAGCCAUCCAGUGAUGUAAUUAUAAUUGCUUUUUUUUAUUGAAGCGGAAACACAAAAGCCACAGUUCAGGGUUUAGCAGCCACCUCUUUUCUCCUGUAAGGUGCCCACCCAAAUAUCCUGUGCAUGUUAUGUAGUUACAUCAGCGAGGCUGGACAGACUAUCUCACCAUUCUGUAGUUUUGAAAGAGAAACAUUGCCUUAAGACACCAGACUAAGUCACAUUGAGAGUUCUUACCUCUUUGUUUUGACCCUCACCAGGUUGCAAAGUGGAACAAAGACGACUAGUGAACUUGAUAUUCCCUAUUUGGUCUGAUACAAACUAGAACCUUCUUAGUACACCUUCCUGCUCCCCAGUCCUUAGCCCUGAACUACUGCUCUGUCCUGGCUCAUGGGUUGCUGCAGGCAGCUUAAACCCAAUUAGAAGUA